AUGUCCAAAGAAAGCACCGACCCCAACGCCAUCGACCUCCUCUCCCGCCUAGCAACUCUCCUCGAAGAAGUCGUCAACAACCUCCACCACAGCCACCUAGACCGAACCGCCAUCCAGACCCUUCUGCACCAGUACUCCUCUCGCGCCGAAUCCGACGGCCACCUCAUCAACGCCUCAAAACAGGACUCGCAGUGCGUCGAACACGGCGUCUUCCUCUCCUACGUCCACGUCGAGCUACUCUCCUGGCUAACCAAACACAACUACACGCUCCCUGCAGCUUCAGUGAAAUGGUACAGCUGGCGCAAGUUGCUUUCGCGAAAGUACCGUCUCCCAUCGAUAUUCUCUGUCCGUGCGCACGCGGCGCAGUUGGAUGAUCUGCUGCGGAAUGUAGUAGCCAAGGCGGAACUGCUGCAUGCGGAACUGCGGGCUCGUGAGAUUGAGGUUCCAGAUGUGGCGGUUGAUUAUGGACGGGUGACGCCUCAGGCGCCGCAGGGGACACCGCCGGAAGCUUUGCAUAAACUACUGCAUCGUGCGAUGCUGGCUGAGGUGCUACUUCGGGAGGGGAGGGUAUCGUGA